UACUGAGUCUACGUGGGAGAGUGAGGUUGGUCCGGAGUGUGUGUGUGUGUGUUAAAGUGACUGAGUGUGUGUGUGUGAGUGUGUGUGUUAUAAGUAAAUAAAUGAAGGGAGCGGACUUGGUGCGGGUGGUUCGGGAUCAGAUGGCGCGGAGACCCGGCAUGCUGUGCGCGGCUCUGAUACUCACCUGCGCGCUCAUCCUCACUGUUACACUCACCUGCAGUCGUGCUAAGAGUGUGGUGGCGCUGGCCCGUCCCCCGGUGCGGUUCCUGUCCCCGUCUGUUCCAAUGGUAGACCUGUUUCUGGGACAGCAGGACCAGGUGGAGAAGUUGAUGGAGGGUUCUGACGUGACUGUGCUCUUCUACUACGCUCCAUGGUGCGCUCACUCCAUCGCUGCCAGGGAACACAUCCAGGAGGUGGCGCUGCAUCUCCUCAAUCAGGUUCAGUUUGUGGCGGUAAACUGUUGGUGGCAUCAAGGAAAGUGCCGGAAACAGCAGAACUUCUACCAAUACCCGGUUCUACAUGUGUACUACAGGAGGUUUGGUCCUAUUCACUAUAAAGGUCCCUUAUUAGCCGAAUAUGUGGAGAGUUUCAUACGCCGAGUCUCCACCCCCUUAACAUACCUGCCCUCUCGCUCCACCCUCCACACCUUCUUAUCUCACCAUGAGCAGGGUGUGGUUGGCUUCUUUGACUUUAACUCCUCCCCACAACCACCUGGUUAUCUCAUCUUCCUCUCAUCCGCACUGCAUGCGCUUAGAAAAGAUCCUCAGGGGGCGGUACGUUUUGGUGUUGUUACCAAUCAGGAAGUGGCGAUGGGGAUGUGGCUGACGGAGGAUCAGAGCGUGUAUCUGCACCGCCGCUUCAACGGUUCACUGGUGUUCCCCCGUUCUGAGAGGAACUUCACCCCUGAGAACAUCUGUAACUGGGUGUAUGAGAACAAAGAGAGUAUUAUCACCUGGAUUCAGCCAAUAGGACAGAAGAGCCACACUCUGGAGGUGGAGCUACGUAAAGGACCCGCCCUGCUUGUGUUUCUCCCACAGAGUCCACUCUCAGCCAGUCAGACGCUGUCUGAGGUGGUUGAUGUAGCGUUGCGUUAUCACUCGUGUUUAUCAGACAGCAUCUCCUCCGUCUGGUCACCAUCUGGCUCCAUCCUGUCUGAGCCGAGGUGCUGUAAGUCCGUUCACGUAUCCGCUAAUGCGAAGGUGUGUGAGGUGUGUGUGAGGUCUGCGUGGGGCCUGGAGGCGGCGCUUGACUCGUUCCUGCGAAGCCCCAUGUCCACAGCGCCAUCUGUCUGCAGUAACACACAGCGCAGCUACAGCACGCUCUAUCAUUACACCGCCUGCUGCAGGACCCUCACGCACAGGCUCCACCCCCUGCAGGAGGGGGGCGGGGUGACGGGGCUGCACUGUCGGACCAAUAAGACGCUGCGCUUUUACGUUCUGGACACGCGACUGGCCUGGCCACUGGCACAGCGACUCGGAGCAGCAGGAAACCGCAGCACACACUCGCACACACACGCCUUCACCACCAUCAUCAACCUGAGAGACGACACACACUACGUACUGCAGGACACGGGGAGAGAGGCACUGGAGUGGUUCAUAGUGAACUUCAGCACCCCCUACAGUCCACUCCAUAGACACUUGGUGGGAGUCAGUGAAGCUCCACCCCCACGGUCCCUCAUCCAGGAAGUGACCACGCAGUCCUUCAGGGCCGUAGUGAUGGACGUAGAGAGGGAUGUGUUGUUGUUCUACUACACAGGAUGGUGUGGGUUCUGUACGGUCCUUAAUCAUGUUCUUCUGCGCUUGGCACGACUUUUCCAGGGAAACAGCGCCUUCACGGUGGCCAGGGUGAACGUUGGUCUUAAUGACCUGCCGUGGGAGUUCAUGGUGGACCAGCUGCCCACCUUCCUGUUCUUCCCCAGACACAGGAAGCACAUGAGUGUGAAGUUUCCAGAGAACACCCGUGUCACGCUCUCCAAUUUAGUCCGCUUCAUCCUCAAUCAUUCUAGCCCCUCCCCUCAGGGAAAGGCGGGGCCCAAGGCACUUUUAGAGGCAGAACUUCACACCCUGCAGGGGGAGGUGCUGUCUCUGCAGCGUGCCCGUGAGCGGCUGUCGCAGCAGCUGGCGGCUCUGUGGAGGGAGAACCGACGCCUGGCAUGGCACACUCUGGAGCUGCAGUCCCACAACGCCGAGCUGCAGGAGCAGAGCACCCAGCUGGAGACGCUGUACCAGGAGAAAAGCCGACAGCUCACCGAGGCGCUGAAAAGGCUGCGGGAGCUCGCCGACGCCUCCGAGGACCUGCUCAAUGAGAACUCGCUGCUGAAGGUCCUGCUCGCCGUCUUAAGGGAAAAGGGCAGUGGGGGCAGGACAUGGGACAAGGACGGAGGGGACAGGACGCAUGGAGGGUGGGAGGGAGAGGAGCUGGAGGACGAGAAACAGGAUGUCUCGUGAUGGCUCAGGGGUGAGGGGCGAUGAUUCCGCGAUCCUCUGCUGGAAGCUGUUCUGCUCCGUUAGCCAGCGUGCAGUGAGCUCGUCGCUCGAGCCGAGUGUUGGAUAUUAAACAUGUAGGAAAUACUCCCCCCUGGUGGAGCAAUCAGGAAUUUAAAGUGUGUAAAGGUCCUGCCACUGUGUGGCUGCUUUGAGAAUUACAAUAAUGAUGAACGAGUUAAUAAGGAAAGUGCUGCCAUCUAGUGGCAGAGUUAAAUUGUCAGAAAUCAGAGUUGAAAAAUGUCAGUUGUAAGGAAUUGGAAUAUAAGGUGCUGCCAUCUAGUGGCGGUAUCAGGAAUUAACCCCCUACUGCAUACAUUUUGUUUUUUUCCUGUCUAUCGCUCUCUUUCUGUAUAUUUGCUUAUAAUUCAUUUAUAAUUUAUUUGACCUUUGACCCCAUACCAUAAUUUUUCCUUUGUCUCAGGGUAACACUGCAGUAGAAGGUUAAAAAGGUUCGCUUCAUCCAUAAUGUUUUAGACACACAAUACUGCCGUUUUGGAGGAAAUGUCGGAAUGACCGGGCUGAGCGGAGUUACAGUCCGGUCCAUUGUGACUGUAUCAGCAGUGAAAGGAAAUUGUGACACCUAGUGGCAGCUCUGAGUUUUGCAGUCAAGCUAUUCUGAGUGUUAUGGUCCUGAAUGAAUGCUAAAAUCACUCGAGAGGAACACUGAGAGGUAACAUCAGUCACGUAAGUGAUUAGUGAAGGUUACAGAAGCUCUUAUUUUAAAUGGCGUUCAGCGUAAUGUUCUGGGCGUGUCCUGGAGCUUCAGCAGGCUGCUGGUUUUAAUCCCAGGAUCCGUUCGGGUGAAACAGUGCUCUUGUCGUUCACGAGGCCUGUACAGGACGGAUGAGACGCUGCAGGCUGACGUUCUCACAGUACAUUAAAGUUUCUGUAUUUUUCUUGGAUACAGCGGUCUAUUUUUAACGAGUCCUCAGGUCUGUAGAGGCGAGGUUUUUGUGAAGAGUUGAGGUUUUUGUGCAGGACCAUGUGCUGCACUGUGUUUACAGAAGUAUUGUGUAGAUUUUUGUACCCAAUAAACAAUAAUUCAUUUCUUCAA